AUCGGCAGUUGCAGGCCGCGCCCGGUUCGAUUUGGGGGGAGAAGUCGCCUUCUUCUCUGACAUUCCACCUCUGCAACAAAAAAUCUCCACACCUCCACCUUCCCAUUUCCCCUUUUUGCCCUCCCUCUUUCCCUCAAUUCCUUUCUUUUUUUUUUUUUUUUCUUUUUUUUAUAAAAAAAAUUCUCUCUUCUCCUCCGCCCUUCAAUAUAUAUACUACUCCACCAAAUCGUAGAAUUUUCGUCCAUCUUAUCUUUGUGUGUUGUGUGUGUAUUCGUUUCUUUUAGUUGUAUAUAAAACCUAUUCAAGAUUGUAUCACCUUCAUGACUUAUCUAACGGUUGAUUUUUAAGGUAUUUGAGACUUUCGUUGCAGACACUUUCUUGGACUUUUCAGAGUUUUUUUAUUGGGUCUGUGGAAAUUAAGAUGCCUGGAAUUGUCGUGGAUGAAAUCUGUGAAGAAGGGAUAGUGAAAGAAGUUAAUGAAAAUUCUACACCUGUUAAGGAAAAUUCGGUUUCCAAUAUGUCUCCGAGGAGCACAUUGAGUCCAAAAAGCCCUCAUAGCAUGCAUCCGGAUGUUCCCGUUGAUGGGGUGGUUAACACUUCAAUUGAGCAGCUCUAUGAGAAUGUAUGUGACAUGCAGAGUACUGAUCAGUCACAGUCAAGGCAGAGCUUUGGAUCGUAUGGUGAGGAAUCUAGGAUUGAUUCUGAGUUGCGUCAUCUUGUUGGAGGAGAGAUGAAGGAGGUUGAAAUCAUGGAGGAGGAAGAGGUGGAUAAGCCAGAAGAUGAUACUGGUAGUAUCUCCUCUCCUAAGAAGGGAAAUUCAUCUGGGGGUAACGAGUCAGGGAAGUUGGACAAGUCUCAAUCUUCUGGUACAGAAUCUGUUUCUACAGGGAACUCAAAGAAAACCACUCGUCUGCAUUUGGACUCAGAGGCAUCACCAAGAAAUAGCCCAUCAUUGAAAAAUAGCCCCAAGGGAAAGAGUCCUGAGAAACCUCCUAUUGAUAAGAGGAAUGAUAAGAAUCUAAAAAAAGCACAUGGAGGAGUCGUUUCCUUGAAGAAACGCAGAGGAUCAAAGUUACCAAAUGGACAUGAAGAUUCAGAUGGAUUAGAAAAUCCAGAUCUUGGGCCAUUUUUGCUCAAGAAAACCAGGGAUUUGAUUUCUUCAGGGGAAAAUCUGCAGAAAGCUCUUGAAUUAGCUCUUCGAGCAGCAAAUGCAUUUGAAAAAUGCUCAAAUGGGAAACCCAAUUUGGAUGUUGUAAUGUCCUUGCAUGUCACCGCAGCAAUAUACUGCAGCUUAGGCCAAUACAGUGAGGCAAUUCCAGUUCUUGAGCAUUCAAUUCAAAUUCCAGUGAUUGAGAAAGGUCAAGAACAUGCCCUUGCUAAAUUUGCUGGUCAUAUGCAGUUAGGUGAUACUUAUGCAAUGUUGGGCCAGCUUGAGAAUUCAAUAAUGUGUUAUACAACAGGGUUGGAAGUCCAGAAAAAUGUUCUAGGUGAAACAGAUUCAAGAGUUGGUGAAACUUGUAGAUAUCUGGCUGAAGCUCAUGUUCAAGCACUGAGAUUUGAUGAGGCUGAAAAGCUAUGUCAGAUGGCUCUUGAUAUUCAUAGAGAAAAUGGUUCACCAGCCUCUCUUGAAGAAGCAGCAGAUAGGAGGCUCAUGGGUCUUAUAUGUGAAGCAAAGGGAAAUCAUGAAGCUGCCCUUGAGCAUCUUGUUUUAGCCAGUAUGGCAAUGGUAGCAAAUGGUCAGGAGGCAGAGGUGGCUUCUGUUGAUUGCAGCAUUGGAGACACGUACUUAUCUCUAUCUCGAUAUGAUGAGGCUGUUUUUGCUUACCAGAAAGCACUCACAGCUUUUAAGACCACCAAGGGAGAGAAUCAUCCCACUGUUGCUUCUGUGUUUGUUCGGUUGGCAGACUUGUACAACAGGACAGGGAAAGUAAGAGAUGCAAAGUCUUACUGUGAGAAUGCCCUUCGAAUCUAUGAGAAGCCUUUACCUGGGAUCCCUCCAGAAGAGAUUGCUAGUGGUCUCACUGAUGUCUCGGCCAUCUAUGAAUCACUGAAUGAGCUUGAGCAGGCAAUCAAGUUAUUACAAAAAGCAUUGCAGACAUACGAUGAUGCCCCUGGUCAGCAAAGCACCAUUGCUGGAAUUGAAGCCCAGAUGGGGGUCCUCCACUACAUGUUAGGAAAUUAUUCUGAAUCUUACAUCUGCUUUGAUAAAGCCAUUUCGAAGCUCCGCGCUAGUGGAGAGAAGAAAUCUGCUUUCUUUGGCAUUGCUCUUAACCAAAUGGGGUUGGCUUGUGUUCAACGCUAUGCCAUACAAGAGGCUGUUGGUUUGUUUGAAGAGGCCAGGAGUAUCUUGGAGCAAGAGUAUGGACCAUAUCAUCCUGACACGCUCGGAGUGUAUAGCAAUCUAGCUGGCACUUAUGAUGCAAUUGGAAGAUUGGAUGAUGCAAUUGAAAUCCUGGAGCAUGUUGUUGGAAUGAGGGAGGAAAAGCUUGGGACAGCAAAUCCAGAUGUGGAUGAUGAGAAAAGGAGGUUAUCUGAGUUAUUGAAAGAGGCAGGCAGAGUACGAAGCAGAAAAGCAAAAUCAUUAGAGACCCUCCUUGAUGCCAAUUCUCACAUUAUAAACAAUGACAGCGUUAGGGUAUGAUACGGGUGAUCGUUUAUAUAUACAUAUAUUUAAGAUUGAAUUGGACUAUACGGCUCCCAAAAGAGAAAGAAAAUGGAAAACGGGAUAGGUGUGUGGAUUUGUUCUUAAGAUUUGUGCUUUGGCAGUGAAUGAAGUAACUGCGGGUUGAGAUUUGGCUGUAUUAUUCAUUUGUACUUGUUCUUUUCUGCUGUAUACCGUAACUUAUCAUGUACUACACCUAAAUUUAUUGUAUUAAAACAGUGGCACGUUACAGUUAAUAUAUAUUUUUGAAUGGUAAAGAUUCAUUUCCA